AGUCAUGGAUCCUGUGAGCCCCGGGCCCGGGGAGUUCCCAAGGUCUUUGGAGCAAUCCGCAGGCUCGGACAAUCGGCUGUUUCUCGUGAAAGGUGGAAUUUUUCUUGGUACAGUUGCUGCUGCAGGAAUGGUGGCUGGUUUUGUUACAACUCUGUCACUGGCUAAAAGGAGAAGCCCUCAAUGGUUCAAUAAGGGAAUUACUGCCACCGCUGCUUUACCCGAGAGUGGUUCUUCACUUGCCCUACGAGCAUUGGGUUGGGGUUCUCUUUAUGCAUGGUGUGGAGUUGGUAUAAUCAGUUUUGCAGUCUGGAAAGUUUUAGGAGUUCACAGUAUGAAAGACUUUCAGAGUAAAAUGCAAUCAAUAUUUCCAAUGAUUCCCAAGAACCCUGGGUCAUCUGUUGAGUGGGAGGAAGCACUGAAAUCCAAAUGAGAUGAGCAUGAAAGAAUUCCAAAGUGAUUGUUACAGGGAAAGUAGCUUGGAAAUGCCAAAAUAUCCAUCUUCUUUGAAGGAAAAAGAUCAAAUUGAUUUCUACUCAGGAAAGUGAACAAAUCAUUGAUGGAACAUGGACUCUGGCUGUCAGCAUCUUCACUGAAGUCUGUGAAAACUCAAAGUCAUUCUGCAUUUGCUUUAUCUUGGAAAUGAAUGGGAAUGGGACAUGUUUUCCAUGACUUAGAGAGUUGUAGUAAAGAAUAUUAGUUUGUAGGUAAAUAACUUCCCUUUGUGGAUGAUAUAGUAGUAUAGAAAAUUAGGUAUAUUUCUAUAAACUUUAAAAAUAAGUUUCUAAUUUGAAAAGCUAAAUUUUAUCAUAAAUAUUCUAAAAAAUACUCUUUCUAAACCUUUGUUACAUCUCACUACCAGCUUAGAAGAUCAAGCUAAAAAUUAAAAGCAGUCCAUUUUUAGAAUUUAAAAAAUAACUAAAAAAUUUUGGACUGUAAACUCCUCAAGCGCAGAGGACUAGACUGGCUUUUGUUGUUCUCUGUAUCCCCAGAGCUUAGUACAAUGCCUGGCAUGUAGUAGGUGCUUAAUAAGUGCUAGUUAGCUAACAUAACCAUAGCUAACAAUGAAAUAAUAGUGGCUCAAUCUUUUAAAAUAAAUGAGUUUAUUCCAAGA